CGACAGUUCAGCUAUGGAAAUAAAGCAUCUAGGUCACGCUUGCACCGACUGACAAGUAGUCACGAGUAAAUGUAAUGAAUUAACCUCAGCUAACGCUACUAUUGACACGAAUAACGAGCUCCAGUCGGUAUUUCUCCAUUUCCCUCUGCACUGGCUCUGACUGGACGAUCCCCGCCUACACUCUGCCCACUUGCUCAGGUGACAGGCUCGUCAAACCGCCCCCCGAAGAUGUUGCUGUGUCUGUGGAUGACAGCAGACUGGGAGGACCGAAACAAGUGUUUGUGCCGCUCUUUUAGAAAGUAGCGAAGAUAGAAACCAGCUUCAUCUCUCUUGAACGAGGCUGCUUAUUGCUCCGCGCCGAGGUCUAGCUGAGGUACUUCAGCGUCGGUUCGGUCAUUUUAAGCCACGAAGCUUAACGAAGAGAGCAAGAAGACGACGUACAGAGCUAGCUAGUUAACGUUAGUCUGAACUCAAUUCAGAACCGGCUUCCCCCCCUCCCCUCCAGUAACAGUAUCAAUAUCACCUGGAUGCAAUGACUGACUCGGUUGUGGACAGCAAGGCGGAGGUUAAACAAGCCACGAAAUAUGUCAAAGAGACCGAAAACGUUGCGGAAAAAUAUUCAGCGAUGACUGUCAGCAAAAACAGCAGUGAUGUAAAUAUGAACGUUGGCGAAAUGCCUUCCGCAGCGUUCACUGCAGUCCCCACUCUGAAAUCCGUCAAGAAGAUCCAGUUUGCUAACACGGAGGACAAACAAGAAUUCAGCAAGUACCCUACCAAGGCAGGCCGCCGCUCCCUCUCUCGGUCCAUCUCGCAGUCCUCCACAGACAGCUACAGCUCAGCUGCGUCCUACACCGACAGCUCCGAUGAUGAGACCUCCCCCCGGGACAAAGCCCAGGUCAACACCCACGGCAGCAGUGACUUCUGCGUGAAAAACAUCAAGCAGGCCGAAUUUGGCCGCCGUGAAAUUGAAAUCGCAGAACAAGACAUGUCUGCCCUGAUCUCUUUGAGAAAGAGAGCCCAGGGGGAGAAGCCACUGGCUGGGGCGAAGAUAGUGGGCUGCACCCAUAUCACUGCUCAGACAGCAGUUCUGAUUGAGACUCUGGUAGCUCUCGGGGCCCAGUGUCGCUGGACUGCCUGUAACAUCUACUCCACUCAGAAUGAGGUGGCUGCUGCUCUUGCUGAAACUGGGGUACCUGUGUUUGCAUGGAAGGGUGAGUCAGAGGAUGACUUCUGGUGGUGCAUCGAUCGCUGUGUCAACACGGAGGGCUGGCAGGCCAAUAUGAUCUUGGACGACGGCGGAGACUUAACCCACUGGGUGUACAAGAAGUAUCCCAGCGUCUUCAAGAAGGUCCGGGGCAUUGUGGAGGAGAGUGUCACUGGAGUGCACAGAUUGUACCAGUUGUCUAAGGCUGGCAAGCUGUGCGUCCCUGCCAUGAACGUGAACGACUCAGUCACCAAGCAGAAAUUUGACAACCUUUACUGCUGCCGUGAAUCUAUCCUGGAUGGCUUGAAGAGGACCACAGAUAUAAUGUUUGGAGGCAAACAAGUUGUCGUGUGUGGUUAUGGAGAGGUGGGGAAAGGCUGCUGCACUGCUCUAAAGGCCCUUGGAGCCAUUGUGUGCAUCACAGAGAUUGACCCCAUCUGUGCCCUGCAGGCAUGCAUGGACGGCUUCCGAGUGGUCAAGCUGAGUGAGGUCAUCCGGCAGAUGGACGUGGUGAUAACUUGCACUGGCAACAAGAAUGUUGUUACCAGAGAACAGCUGGACCGAAUGAAGAAUGGCUGCAUCGUCUGCAAUAUGGGCCAUUCCAAUACUGAGAUCGAUGUGGCGAGUCUGCGCAGCCCUGAGCUGACCUGGGAGAGGGUGCGUUCUCAGGUUGACCACAUCAUCUGGCCCGAUGGAAAGAGGGUUGUUCUGCUUGCAGAGGGCCGCCUCUUAAAUCUGAGCUGCUCCACAGUGCCUACGUUUGUGUUGUCCAUCACUGCUACAACUCAGGCCCUGGCCCUGAUUGAGUUGUUCAAUGCUCCAGAGGGGCGUUACAAACAGGAUGUGUAUCUCCUGCCGAAGAAGAUGGAUGAGUAUGUGGCCAGUUUGCACCUACCAAACUUUGAUGCCCACCUGACAGAGCUUUCUGACGAGCAGGCCAAGUACAUGGGCCUUAACAAGAAUGGCCCCUUCAAACCUAAUUAUUACAGGUAUUAAUUUGAGUGAUCCUCUGAUGGUGUGAUCCUCAACACACAGUUGCCCUGGGAAACAACAGAGAUAUCUAUUUUAUUUUCUAAAUUGCUACAAAAUGGAGGAAUUAUUUUACUUAUGCUGAAUGUAACUUAUUAAUAGCACUUCAGACAUGAUGUUAAAUAUAAGAAAUAAGAGUAAGACUUGUAGGAAACAUACAAUGUAUAACCAACUAACAUUUUACAUGUCUUGUCACGUGUUUAAAAGAAAAGGCCUGCUUGCAUGCUUUCAUGUGUAUGUACUUAUUUAGUUGCUAAUGCUUAUGUUACUAGAUCACAAAGUUGUUGAUUUGUUUGUUUACCCUAUUUACGCACAGUGCCAAAUGAUGGCUGUAAGAAUGGAAAGAAUUUCUUUUGUUUGUUUUGUCUGUCAGUGACAUCAAGAUUUUAUUAGUACAUGUCCAUGAGCCAGGGUUUGGGCUGAGCCAAAACAAACUCUGUAUUACAAUGUACAUUAUUUUAGAAAUGUUUGUUUUACAUGCGUUAAAUAAUCUCUUUGAAUGGUAUCUGCAUGCAUGCCUUAAAAGGUAACAUCCAGUCAUCCUUUUUAUUACAACAAAGUACAGUGAUGAAAUAUAGCGCUUGUUAUAUAAACAAUAUGACCCAGUGUUGUUUAUUUUAAGAAUUCAUAAUAGCCUGUGAAAGGCUGAGUGCAUUUUAAAUUCCUGACUCUUGGUGUUGGCAUUCAACACUCACCCUAAAAUUAUCUUAAAACACCCAGGGCUUCUCCUGAACAAAUACAAACCAAAGGGAUGUUUAAUGUGGUAACAAAAGAUUAAGAUGUUAUGUUAAAGAUAACAGUCUGUAUGCAUUCCUAAAAAGGAAGUACUGAAAAGUUUGAGGAGAAGAAAAAAUGUAACUACUAAAAACUACUAUGACUUCCCUCAUUUAAUACAAAGUUUCCAUUUGCUCACUCAAAUUCUAGCUGAGAUCUGUCUGACUGAAGAGCAGCGUGGUCGGCUAUGAAGUGUUUUGACUGGAUAAUACCUUUAAGGCCAUGGUAUGAAUGUGCCUUUUAAAUCAUUUACAACACGUAAAUAUCAGCACUGACCUUAAUUAAAUGAACAUUCCUCUUUUGUAAAACCACAUCUAUUAGUGGUACAUUUAAUGUCUUCCUUCCACCGCUUUUGGUAUUAAUUAAUUGUAACUCUAAUGUAUGAGCUAUAUGUUGUGAAAAGAUAUUAGACUUUAUGUUUGCCAUAUGAUUGUCGCUGUCUUAAUUUGAUCCAACAGGGUCACCUAAAGUAAUAUUUCAUGUGAUCAAAAUGCAUAAGUGUAUACUAUGUAUGUAAAAGAAUGCAUUAAAUCAGCAAUAAAUUGAGUUCUUUUAACAGAGAAAAGUAACUUUAAA